GUUAGUUUUUUGACGGGGCAAUGCGUCAACCUUCAGACAAGGGCUCAUUUGCCACUGUUGAAGAGUAUAAGGGGUGGUAUACUUCUGAAUUUGAUUUAGGGGCUAAUCUGCCACUGAUAAUCAAGUUUGAGGGGAUCUUGGACAUUUGGUGCUUGCAUAUUCCAGUCAAGGACAGGACAUCUUUUACAGGCCUUGUGCAGCUUGUUGAAAGUACAAUUAGGUCAGAAUACUCCAGGUCACCAAAUAGACCAAUAUAUCUUGUUGGGGAAUCCCUUGGAGGAUGCCUUGCCUAAGCUGUUUCAAACCGUAACCCUGAUAUUGAUCUCCUACUUAUCUUGUCUAACCCAGGUAAGGACUAAAUUUGUUGUAAUUCU